UAUAAUAAAACAAAAGGUGUCACCCUCGUCUUCACCUCCAAUCUCCAUAUUUCAUCGUCUUUCUUUCUCCCAAAACGAACCGGACCACCUCGAGAAAAAAGACAGGGUUGGGAAGCUUCUCGCUUUUAUGGACGGAGCUACAUGAGGGCAACUCCGUUCCUGCUCGCUUUCGACAAUUAUUAUCGUACGACCAAACGGUUAUUUUCGGAGAGAAUUAUUAAACACGGCCGUAGAAUUCUUUUGAGCUCUGAUGAGUUCUAGCCGCCGACUAUGGAUUUGACGGUAAACAGAUCGGGCUCUUUGACGUUUGGGGAACGGAUCUGCGUGGCGUUUGUACCGCUUAUAGCGGUGGUGGAGCUGUUGAUAUGGGCGGUUACCGAUUGCUUCGAUUUCCGAAGUCCCAUUCCGAAGAAUCGUCGCUACCAAUCCGGAGAUAUCGCUUGCCUCGCAGAUGAGACCCGAUUUUCUGUAAGCGAAGUGGAGGCAUUGUACGAGCUGUUCAAGAAGUUGAGUAGUUCAAUUUUUGACGACGGCUCAAUUCACAAGGAAGAGCUUCAAUUGGCGCUGUUCCAAACUCCACAUGGAGAAAAUCUUUUUCUGGACCGGGUUUUUGAUCUUUUUGAUGAAAAGAAAAAUGGUGUUAUUGAGUUCGAUGAGUUCGUCCAUUCACUCAGUGUCUUCCAUCCUUAUGCCCCUUUAGAAGAAAAAAUUGAUUUCGCAUUUCGGCUGUAUGAUCUGAGACAAACAGGAUUCAUCGAGCGAGAAGAAGUUAAGCAAAUGGUGAUUGCUAUAAUGAUGGAAUGUGACGUGAAAUUGUCGGAUGAUCUCCUUGAGGCUAUUAUUGAUAAGACAUUUGCUGACGCUGAUGCUGACAAAGACGGUCGAAUCAACAAAGAAGAAUGGAAGGCUUUUGCUGUUCAACAUCCAACCCUCUUGAAGAACAUGACACUUCCUUAUUUGAAGGACAUCACCACAGUAUUUCCAAGCUUCAUUUUUAACUCUCAGGUUGAGGAAUGAGAACUUUGGGGCUUUUCAGUCCUAGAGAACUGCUUUUUCGGCACUGUUUGUUGAAAUUUUUAUACUUUCGGACCGUUCAUAGCUGGAAAUGGAGAAAACAACGCUAUUAUUCAGUGCAAGGCUGAGCUGGGAAGGCUGCAUUUGAAAAUCUUUGCGUCAAAAGCCUUACCUUGCUAUCAAGUUUUGUAUAUGGUUCAGAUCGUUGUACAGUGUGCAUAGUUCUUGCUAUUGAUUGAUUAUGAAGUUGUUAAUGCUUUAGAUUCUGUUUUCGGUUAAACUCAAAAGAUGUUGCUGACUAGGUGAAAGUUUUGUCUAAACUGUAAAAAAUUAUUACAUGCAUUGGUUUUGGUAAACAGUGUUCGUUCCAACUCUCUCUUUCAUUAUACUGAUUAAACUGAUCACAAAUUUCAUGGACCAGUUAAUCAAUAUCAAACUUCUCA